AUGUCAACCACCGAAAACCCCGUCUGGCUCAUCACCGGCGCCUCCUCCGGCUUCGGCUUCGCCCUCGCAAAAGAAGCCCUUUCCCGCUCACACACCGUCAUCGCAACCUCCCGCUCGACCUCCUCCGAGGGAAUGAUCUCUCUCUCCUCUUGGGGAGCCAUCACCCUGCCGUUCGACGUGACAGCCUCGGAGGAGGUUCUCUCGGGUGUCAUCGCCGAGGCGGCGAGUUUGGUCCCAGAAGGGAGAAUCACUCAUGUAGUCAACUGCGCUGGUUACAUACUUGAAGGAGCCGUUGAGGAGACCACGCAAGAGGAAGUGAGAAAGGUUUUCGAGACGAACGUGCUGGGGAGUGUGAACAUUGCCAGGGCUGUGGUGGGGAAGCUGAGGGAGACGGGAGGGGUGUUGGUGCAGAUGGGGAGUUUGGGAAGUUGGAUGGGGGGUGGGGGCACUAAAUGGGCGGUUUCGGGGUUGACGGAGGGGUUGGCGGAUGAGCUGAAGCCGUUUGGGAUUCGGGUUUGCUGUGUCGAGCCUGGGUAUACGAGGACUUCGUUUUUGGCGGAGGGAGGAGGGCAUAGGGUUAAGGCGAAGAAUGUGAUGGAGAGGUACGAUGGGUUGGGGUUUAGGGAGGGGUUGAAUGCGUAUGAUGGGCAGCAGCCGGGGGAUGUGGACAGAUGUGCGGUUGCUAUGGUUGAUGUGUUGACUAGCACGGGGAUGGCUGACGGCAAAGAGAUUCCGGUGAGGCUGGUGUUGGGGUCGGAUUGCUUGAAGGUUGUGAGAGACAAGUGUGAGAGUACGCUGAAGCUGGUGGACGAGUGGGAGGCUGUUACCAAGUUUGCGGAUGGGCAGAAGUGA